CCGGAGCUCGGGCGGGAGCCGCGGACGCGCCCUCGGCCUCCUGCCCCGCGGCGCUGGCCUGACCCCGGCUCGCGGUUCUUGCUUUUCCAAACAGAGAGGGCAGUGCAUGAAGCCAGGGGUCAUCAGCCAUGCUCCAGACAGUGUGGCCCCAGGGGCCAGUGACCUUUGAGGAUGUGGCCGUGUACUUCCCCCAGAGUCAGUGGACCAGCCUGGACCCCAUGCAGAGGGCCUUGUACCGGGAGGUGAUGCUGGAGAAUUAUGCAAACAUAACUUCCUUGGCAGCAUUUCCAUUCCCCAAACCAGAUCUGAUAUUCCAGCUGGAGCGCGGGGAAGCACCAUGGGGCCUAGAUCCCUGGAUACCCAUUGAGGGAGAGGCCUUGGGAGGUGUCCACCCAGGUGGUAAAAACAAGACUGAGAAUGAGGAGCAAACCCCAAGACUGAACAUUUCCGAAGACUCAGUGGUCCACAGGCUGAUGGUGGAGGGGCUGCUCAGAGAAGCUCCCCAGCCCCCUCACCGUAAGGAUAGCUUAGAGAAGCCACAGCUGUGUGACAUAGGGGAGAAAACAAACAAAGGAGUUUUCACAGACUUGCUGGCCCAGGAUUACAAAUCCUCCAGCAUUGAAAGAGAGGAGACAGUCAGGCAACUAGAAGGAAAUGCUGGUGUCAGCACACAUUUCCUUACACAGCAGGGCCUCCCCAGAGGACAGGCAGUUUAUAAAUGUGGUGCAUGUGGCCGGUAUUUCAGCCAACACUCAGACCUUCUCCAGCAUCAGAGGAUUCAUACUGAUGACCAGCCCUACAAGUGCAAAGAAUGCGGGAAAGCCUUCAGGUAUAACUCAAAACUAUUCCGGCACCAGAAAACCCACACCGGGGAGAAACCUUACUCAUGUCAGGAAUGUGGACAGGCCUUCAGUCAAAAUUCCCACCUCCUUCAGCACCAGAAACUCCACGGUGGAGAGAAGCCCUAUGCAUGUAAGGACUGUGGGAAAGCCUUCAGCUACAACUCAAAACUAAUCCGGCAUCAGCGAAUCCACACUGGGGAGAAACCCUUUAGGUGUAAGGACUGUGGGAAGGCUUUCAGGUGUAGCUAUGACUGCAUUGUCCAUGAGCGAAUUCACACUGGGGAGAAGCCCUACGAAUGUCAGGUGUGUGGGAAAAGUUUCAGUUCAAAUUCAGUCCUCAUUCAGCACCAGCGAAUCCACACCGGAGAGAAACCGUACGAGUGUAAGGAGUGUGGGAAAGCCUUCCGCCGAAGCUCGGUAUUUCUCCAGCACCAGAGGCUCCACACGGGGGAGAAGCUCUACAAAUGCAAAGAGUGCUGGAAAACUUUCAGCUGUAGCUCACGCUUUAUAGUACACCAGCGAAUCCACACUGGGGAGAAGCCCUAUGGCUGCCUGGAGUGUGGGAAAGCAUUCAAUCAGAAGGUAACCCUGGUCCAGCAUCAGCGGCUCCACACAGGGGAGAGGCCUUAUGAGUGCAAGGUGUGCGGGAAAGCCUUCAAGUGGAGCGCAAGUUUCAUUCAGCACCAAAAGUUGCAUGCUCGCAAGAAAGUGGCCCAAGUGACAGGGCCAGCCACACUGGGGCCCCUGUGCCCCUCUUCUAGCUGUCCCCCUCUGCCUGCCCCACAUGUGCACUCUGCCCCCACCGUGCCGGGGGCUAUCUCAGCUUCCCCACACCCCAUGCUCCUUCCUCCCUCCAUGCCUGUCUUUGUGCUGCUCCCCUUGUCUGAAAUGGCCAAUUCUUCACCUGUUCAAAUAGUGCCUUUCUUUCAGGAUCUCACUUCUCCUGGGAAGUCCUCCACUGGGAGCCCGAAUCCUUUGUCCCACUCCCCCUGAGCUCCCUCACAUCCUCCACCACCCACCCACCUAGACUUACCAGUUUCCCUGGGCUCCUGACCAUGUCUGUGUUGUUUCUCCUCCCAUCUUCCCAACUCCAUUUUUAUCCUCACACUGAAGAAAUGGUAGGUGUUGUCCUUUACAGUUUCCAGUUUGGGCCUGUACCAUCAGUCUACUAGAUUUGGUAGAGUUUACAGAACAUUUUGGGGCUUAGGGAGAUGGCAUUCCAAUGGCAUAGCCUGUUGUAAUUCAAGAGACAUGAGACUCAAAGGCCGUGGGAGGAGGUAAUGAGAGAAAGUAUCCAGUGAUUGCUUUCAGAAAUUAAGAGGCUCAUUUGGUGGGGCAGUAGCAAGGCUCACUGUGUGGAAUCUGAGCCUGGAACUUCUUAUUACCUUGGUAAUGACCAUUUGAGGAUCCUGUGUAACUAGGCAAUAGACCGAGGAAAUCACCAGUGAAAAGAAUAUGAAUUGAUGAGUUAGCAUUGGUAGCAAUAAUGUAAAAUCAUGUCUCGAACCUCGUUGGAAGGGGAUGUUUCUGUUUGGGUUCCUUUUCUAUUCCUGUCCACAUCUUUGUUUAAUUUCAGUGCCCACUCAAAUAUGUAGGUAUGAAAAGUGAUUUGGGCCUGUCUAGUAGAGGGCAGGUGCCUGGUUAUAGCCAUCUUUCAGUUAUACAUGGAAUGAACUUGGCAUCAUGCUGGCAAGCCUCUGAGGAAAGGUGAGAAAUCUGACCCUGACUUACUGUAGCUCCUGCUCAGAGGAGAGAUCAUAAUUAAUCAUACACAUACUUGGAUGUAUUCUCACACCUAUUCCACAUCCUCUGAUUAAAUCUGAAUUUAAGUACCUGA